GUGACAACUUGGCUAGAAAUUGUGUUAUAAACUGGUGUUUUCCGCAAUACCGUUUCGGUGAUUAUAUGAAGUCCUGCCGACAGGGUAUGGAUAUAAGAAUUUCAUUCAGGAUUGAGGAUUAUUAGAUAAAGGUUGUAGCAGUGGACGAUGGGAAGAUGUUAUUACCUUAUAUAUCUUCUCACAACUGGAGUGCUGCUUCUGUCCCUGGACCUCGUCACGUGCCAGUCUGACAGUUGCUUUAGCGUUGCCAAAUUAAGGGUACUGGAAAUGUUUUAUAACGGUGAUAUCUCCGUGCCGUAUACAUGUGAUGAUAUGCAGUUUAUACAACAUGGCAUAGGAUGCAAGAAGAAAUGUUAUUCAGUCACAGAAACUUUGAGGAAUAUGUUUGGAUGUAAUCCUUCGUUCGUUUUCCCGCAAUGCCCUCUCAGACCUGCAGCACAACUGGCACCGGUAGUAGACUCCGAAUGUGAAACAGAGACGCCAUCUUGUACUUCCGGUUAUGAAUACCGCACAAUAGACGGCUCUUGUAAUAAUUUGUGGAAUCCAUUGUGGGGCAAAUCAGACAGGGUUCAGAACAGACUCGUGCGAAAUGCAUACGAUGAUGGUUUUGACAGUCCACGCACUAUGGGAUGCAGCGGUCAACUACCAAGUGCACGUGAAGUGAGCAACAUUAUACACAGCGCUGGUGAAGAUAUGAAGUUCGAUCCUCGGUUAAGUUACAUGAUGAUGCAGAUGGGGCAGAUGCUGGCUCAUGACAUGGUGCUGACUGGAUUAGUUAAAAGAUCAGAUGGUGAAGCUUUACAAUGUUGCAAAGAGGACAUGGAAAAUCCUGCAUGCUUUCCUAUAGAAGUACCACAGGACGAUCCGUAUUUUCCACCCGGGGGAUGUAUGAAUUUUGGCAGGUCGAAGGCAAGACUAGAUUGCAAAGGUAUACGUCAACAAGUGAACAGCCACACCUCAUACAUAGAUUUGUCAAUGGUAUAUGGAGCAACGGACAAAGAAGCACUAUUUCUUAGAACACUUCAAGGAGGUUUAUUGAAGGCCAUCGAUAAAAAACUUCCAGCAGAUGAGACUGACGAAUUGUGUGAACUUUCAAGACCCCAGCACAUACCUAAUUAUUACUGUCUUCUCGCAGGUGACGAACGAGCGAAUGAACAGCCUGGACUGGCUUCGAUUCACACAAUAUUGAUGCGCGAGCACAAUCGCCUGGCGGAGCAAUUGUCACAUGUGAAUCCUCAUUGGGGAGACGAACGUCUAUACCAGGAAGCAAGAAAAAUUAACAUCGCUCAAUGGCAGAAUAUAGUAUACUCUGAGUAUUUGCCAUUAGUCCUUGGUCCUUAUAUAAUGCGAAAGUACAACUUAGAAGUAAAGCGGGUUGGAUACAAAGACACAUAUAACCCUCGAACUGAUGCGACAAUCACAAACAGCUUUGCAGUAGCAGGGUUUCGGUAUGGACAUUCGUUGGUCCAUAGAUUCAUUUCAAUGAUGGACUUCGACAUGAACGAAAUGAUCUCACCAGAGCCAUUAGACCACAUGUUUUUCGAGCCUAAAUUAUACCAUUCUAACGGCGACUAUGGGCCAGACUACAUACUAUUGUGGACAAGUACAACAAAAUGUCCUUUUAGUGACAGACAUUUAGAGCCAAGUAUUCAGCGACUUCUUUUCCGGGAUAAAAACAAUGACUCUCUGGAUUUAGCGGCAGUGAACAUUCAAAGGUAAGAGUACACUAAAACAC